CCGAGUGCACUAUUGGGGUCACUAAACCAGUGUAUUUCGUUGCAUAAUGUAGGUGACCGACUGCACUCAAAGUCAGGGUAAACUGCUCAGUGCGGACUUGGUAUAAAAGCAAGCAGAGGAUGGAUAUGCAGUCAAAAUGCCUCGGUUUGUGGUGUUGUUCAAGUGUGAUAACGAGUCUGACGCGAAUGCAGCGCUGAAGGCCCUACAAUCCCGGUACGAGGUACGGCCAUCGAGUUCAUAUGAUAUCACUGAGGUGGGGACCAAUUACACUCCAGAUGGAUUGAUGGCAUCGGCGAUGCGCUGCAAUACGACCCGGCACCGGCGGUUCGAGGUGUUGAGCAGAAAGAGAAAGCCGACUGCAAUUGUUAGCGGCACACCAACAACACGGUCAAGAAGUACUUCACCGCCGCCGCCGCUGCCAAUGCCGCCGCAGGCCAACGUCACCUACAAUGUCCACGACGCCGCAGCCCAUGACGUCAAGCACAGAUAAGGGAACCGUCAAGGCAGCCCACACAGGUUCGAUUUCAAAGAGGUUCUGCCCCGGACUACUUUCCCAAGUGGACCUCCAAUGCCUUCUAGAACCCGUCCACAAGAUCUGUUCGUCAGGCGGCACUUCAGGUGGCCCCGAUACGAUUACCGGUCAUGAGCCUCUUGCAACAUUCCCCCACCUUGGAGGUACACUGUGGGCCAGUAUCGAUAUGUACGACGAUACCACAGAGUCUUUCCAGAGGAAGGCUACGGCCCGUCUGAGUUCCUUACAUCAACCACA